UAUCAACAGGCAAACCUUUAGUAGUCCACACCCCUGCACUCCACACUCAUGUGCAUGCUUACAGUGACAGUCAAGAUCAGCGGCUGUGAUGAGAUCUGCUGGGAAUCGACUCACCAGGACAGAUCUUUCUACUUAUCUGCAGGAUUUGAGGAUCCACUGAAGGAAUGACAGAGCUGUGGUGCAGCUGUAAAGGGAACAGGAGCGUGAGAUGACUGUGGACACAGAUUUCUGUCCUGAUUGGGAGAUUUCAAUAAGGAGUGGCUGCUGUGGUUUUUACUCAACUUCUGUAGUGUAGGAGUGGGUUGCUAGACUCUCAUUUGCAGGUUUCAAGUUUUCCCAAAACUUGAAAACUUCCUCAAACCUUUGUUGUGCAGCCAAAUCCUGUCUCCUGGUCGUCUUCACCCUUUCACCAGCACCACCAACAAUGGACCUCACUCUGUGGCAGUACCAGUUCCGGAUCAUCAUGCUGGGGGACUCCACGGUGGGCAAGUCCUCCCUCUUGAAGCGCUACACCGAGAACAUGUUCCUGGAGUCCAUAAACCAGACGGUGGGUGUGGACUUUUAUGUUCACUUCCUGGAGGUGGAGCUCGGGGUGCGUGUCAAGCUGCAGUUCUGGGACACAGCAGGACAGGAGAGGUUCAGGUCAGUGACCCGUUCUUACUACCGCAACUCAGUCGGAGGCCUGCUGGUGUUCGACAUUACCAACCGCGCCUCCUUUGACCGUAUCAAGGAUUGGCACACCGAGGUGUGCGAACGAGUGCAGCCGCACAAGGUUCUGUUUGUCCUGGUGGGACAAAAGAGCGACCGGGACGCUGCGGGAGAGAGGGCGGUGAGUCGAGAAGAGGCCGAGAAACUGGCCGGGCAGCUGGGGAUGCCGUACCUAGAGGCCUCCGCCAAGACGGGCCACAAUGUGAAGGAGUCUUUCGAACUCCUGGCUCGUCGGGUCUACCAGGGUCUUUUGAGCGGGGAGGUCGAGCUUCAGGAGGGCUGGGACGGAGUCAAGUGUGCUGCCCCGCAGGCGCUGCAGCUGCAAAGAGCCAGUCAGGCUACGGCCAGCAAAGCCUCCAACAGCAACAAGAAGUGCUGUGGUUGAACUGUGGACUGACUCUGACAUUUAAGUGGUGACCAUCAGCCAACACACCCAUAUGAAAUGCAUUAGCACCUUUUGUUGUGAGGAUACAAGCUUCAAUACUUGUUAGCAAGGGACUUAUUUGUGUAAAUUUUUUGUGACGUAAAUUUUGACAUUCUAAAUAGGUGAAGAUUGAACUUUAAAAACAAAGGUUUUGUGUUUUAGUCGAGCAAGGCCACUUAUUGGUCCAGAAAUAGUAAAUAAACCGUACCCUGAUUUGCACUUUUUAGUACCAUUAGCAAACAUUAGCAUAAUAUCAAGUUAUAGUAUGAUGCUCUGAAAUAUCACGUUAGCAUUGUCUCUGUGAGCAAAGUGUGAUAAUAGCAUAUGACCCAAUCCUGCCAAAGGUCAGCAGAAAGAUUAGCAUUCUCUUAUGUGAGCUACACGGGCCACAGGUGAUCAGACGACUCCAACAUGGACCAACAGGUCAUAGCGUGACCGUAGUUGAGUAAGAAGACGGACUUGAUGACGUCCUGAGGCUGGAGCUUUUUCCUCUUUCAGAUCAGAUCAGAUGAUGAGUUUGUUACCACCACAUUCUGUGUUCAUCUUCCCUUCCACUGAGUCUGGGACCUUUUGAGACCCGUGCAUUGGAAAGGUGGAUUCCAACCUGCACGGUCUGGGCUGUCCGAGGGUUCAUAGGACAUAUGAGGGGUCAUUUUACGCAUCGCUUUUACAAAUCCAAAAUGACGAAUGAUUCAAAAUAUAACAGGGGGUGCAAGAAAACACUGGUUUCUUUGAGGACUUGCAACCCAAAAAAGUUUUGGAACCGCUGCACAGGGAAUUUCUGCUUUUACCUCCAACCUUAAUUUUCUGGACAUAAAUCUGUGAUUCUUGUAUUUUGUUCUGUCAAUAAAUGGCAGCAGUUAAGUUAUUGGUUCCCCUGGUUGAUUAUAAACAUCACCUCAGGCCCUGAUGUGAACUAAUCAUCUGAGCCUGAGCUGUGAUUUAGAAAGGGCUUUUGUGUUCACUUCUAACUGCACAGCAUCCUGCGAGUGACUGAAAGAAAACUCUGGGGUGCGUUUGGAUAUUGUCCUUUUGAAAUGUUGUGAGAGGUUUCCAUCGAAAUUACUGUUCAUCUGGCUGAUGAGCAACCUCUUGUGUUUCUGCAAGUUUAUUUUGCUAAAGACACAAGGAUCCACUGAUCUGUGUCCUUGGUUGACAGCAAAUAUACAAGAUAGCAAGUAAAAUUACUAUUUAACAAAAAUAAAUGUAUGUUUUGCUUUGGUUUGACCCUUUCAAAUGUGAUGUAUGUAUUUCUUGAACUUAAAUGAUUUUCAAUCACAAA